UUGUUUUUUUCUUUUUUUUAGACCAAGAAAAAAUGGUUGGUUGGAGGAGGGUUCCUUGUUCGAGGCACCGCAGCUAGUUGGGGUUCAGUUCUUUUGGCGAUGCGUUGUUCACGGCAGGGCGGCAAGCGAUGAGGUCGCAGAUGGACCGGCUAAGGCUACAAAGCAAUCGUCCCGGGAGAUGCCCCAGUCCAGCGUCAUAUUUGAGACGAGAUGGGACCCAGAGAGCGGGGAUUGGAGGUGGUACGGAGUACCCCGAGUACACAAGACGGAGGCCAGUGCAGAGGGGAGGUGAGGGUGGAAGAGGAGAGAUGGAUAGAAAGAAAGGGAAGAGAAAGAGGGAAAAAAGAAAGAUGGAAAGAAAGAAAGAGAAGAAGAAAAGAAGAGAAAGAAAGAUGGUAAAGGGCGGAACUGACGUUUGCACGGCGUCUAACAGGGGCAGCAGAAAAGGCUGUUUGGCGCAGAGAGAGGGGAAGAUGGAGAGACCACGGAACAGGCAAUAGUGAUCAUAUAGUCAUCAUAAUAAUAAUCACGAUUAUCGAAUAUCGAUUGGAAGAGGCUGCAGGGGAAGAUCAUAAGAUGAUAGACGAAUAGACGAAGCCGAUGGAAGGACGAGAGAAGCGAUACCUAUCACAAGAGAAGAUGAGACGGUAGCGGUCUGAACGAGCGAGGUAUCAACUUUUCUCUCUAUCUUUUUUUUUUUUU